AUGGCGAAUGCAGAAGCUGGUCCAUCAACACCUCAUGAAAUGCGAAUCACGAAUCAUGGCAAAAUUACCAGCUGGGUGACCUUUGCGCUAGAUCAUCUUCAGAAAUACGAGAGUAAACCGCUGGUCCUACACACCUUACCCGCAGCCAAGGGAAAGGCACCCGCGCAAUCGGACCAACCUGCUGCCACCGAACCCGCUACAGAAGCUGCCCCGGCGGGGGGCGAAAGGAAAGGGAAGCCGGAAGGAUUGCACACUUCACUAGCGACUAUACCUCGGCUUGUGACUGUGGUGGAGAUUAUCAAGCGCGAGUACCUGAAGACGCUGGACCCUGCGCUGGCGGAAGCAGGAAGCCUGUCCGGGCUGCACCAAUACAAUGAGAUCGGGGACCUAGAGGAGGCGGGGUAUGUGGAACGUGCGGGCGACGAGGAGCAGGAGCGGAUAGAGGCGCUAGCACUCGCGCUGCAAGGGCGGAACCACGCGAAGCAGAAGAAGAUUGCGUUCAUGCGAGUGACCCUCUGCCGGAAGGAAAUCCCAGAGCUUGUCGGAAGAGGCGCGACAUACCAGGAGCCCGCCGUGCGGAAGCUGAGCAAGUCUGCCCGCGCACGACUGAAGAAGAAAGUCAGGAAAGAGGGCGCGGGGGAUUCAUGA